GUAGAAGUUAAUGGAGGAAAUCCAUGAAGGGAUAUUAUCAGCGCAUCAGGGAGCCUUCACCAUGUCCAGGAAGGUAACACUACAAGGAUACUUUUGGCCAACGAUUAUCAGAGAUAGUGCAGAAUACGUGCGAAGAUGCAAGGUUUGCCAGGAAUUCCAAAGGAUGCUGGGGCGACCGGCGACGAAUUAUACCCCAAUCAGCACGGCAAUUCCCUUUCCCGGUGGGGUAUUGAUCUGGUUGGCAUUUUGCCUUGGGGGACAGGGAACAACACGUAUCUAGUGGUCGCAAUCGACUAUUUCACCAAGUGGGUCGAGGCCGCCCCCGUGCCAACCAUCACCGAAGAACAAAUGAGGAAGUUUGUGUCCAAGCAAAUCUUGUGCCGAUUUGGGGUGCCCCAGCAGAUCAUCACCGACAAUGGAACCCAGUUCGAGGCCAAAGGGUUCAAUGAGUUUCUACAGAGCUGGGGCAUAAAGCACAGCUAUGCAGCGGUUGGGUACCCCCAAACCAAUGGGCAGGUCGAGAACACCAAUCGUACUAUCGUGGACGGCCUCAAGAAGAAGAUAAUAGAAUGCAAAAGCGCCUGGGUAGAGGAAUUGCCCUACAUCUUGUGGACCUAUAGAACCACCCCGAGAAAAGCCACAGGUGAAACUCAUUUCUCGCUCACAUAUGGAUUUGAAGCAAGGGCUCCAGCGGAGACGUCGCUGCUAAGUUAUAGAGUGGAGAUAUUCGACGCCCAGGAGAAUGAAGAAAACUUGAGGGCAGAGCUGCACCUCAUUGAUGAACGAAGAGAAAGGGCGUACAUACGGGCAGAGAACUACCCCCGGCAGGUCAAGUCAUACCACGACCAACGGGUGCGACCAAGGCAGUUCAAGGUAGGCGACUGGGUCCUUAGGAAAAGGGAGGUCAGUCGGCCGACCGAUGGAGGGAAGUUUGCUAAGAGCUUCGAAGGGCCGUAUGUUAUAAAGGAGGUGUUGGCCGAUGGGACAUUUAGAUUGCAGACGCCAGCCGGAGGCGACGUUCCGCGAGUAUGGAAUGCAGCCAACCUUAUUAAAUUUUACCAAUAGAUUGUAUGCCUGCCAUAUUUCUCUCUUAAAGUUUAAUAAAACCAGCAUUCUGGCAUAUCUUGACUUCAAUUCUCAAAAAAAAAGGAGCGACCAAAAGAGAUCGCUAAGCCUGAGCUGUAGGGUGAUUCGUGCUAAGAUACCCAACAGGGGGUGAAGUGUCGAACCCUUUCUAGCGACCAAGAUUCAGGGCUGUCAAGUGACGCGACUAACCAGAGGGCGACGCCGUGGCAAGAAAGCCUGAAAAAAUGGCUGAGUCUGGA